AUGCGCCUCCUCGGGAGCACCGAAGAAGAUAGCAGUUGCGAGAUCUCCCGGCUUCGACGAGUGGUGUUACAAAACAAUGAAAAACUCCUGGAUGAGAUGUUGUGUCAGGAAAUCUACAAGAAGGUCAUCAACUACCGAGGCGGCUGGGGCGUCGCGGGAACCCCUCUGCACGCUGCCGUGUCCAAGGGUCACCUCAGCUGCCUCCGGGUCCUGCUGACCCACGGCGCCGUUGUCGACUGCGUGGACGUCAAGGCCCAGACUCCGCUUUUUGCCGCCGUUCGCGGGAAGUACCUGGACUGCGUGUUAGCGCUCCUCCGGUCCGGCGCCGACCCCAACGGGAGCCCCUCCAACAAUGGUUCCCCCGUCCUCACCGCCGCUCGCGAGGGCGACGCGGAGAUAUUGCUGGAACUUCUCAAACACGGCGCCGAGGUCAACUCGCGCUCCAAAGUUCUGCUGUGGACCUCCGGCGCCAGGGUGUCGAGUGGCCCCUUGUACCUGGCGGCCGUGUACGGACACAUGGAGUGCUUCAAACUGCUGCUCCUCUACGGCGCAGAUCCGGAUUACAACUGCGCCGACGCCAGAUUGCUGGCCGCAGUCAAGCAGCCCAAAACCGUCCUGGAGAUGUGCCUGAGGCACGGCUGCGGCGUGGAGUACAUCCAGCUCCUCAUCGACUUCGGCGCCAACGUCUACCUUCCCACGCUCAUCAUCGAGAAGUCCACCAAGCAGAAUGAGGCUGUGGAGCUGCUUCUGCAGGAGAGAGGUAAUCCCAAGGCCUUGACUUCACAGUGCCGACUGGCGGUGCGAAGAUACCUCAGAAAGAUCAACAAAAUCCACUGUAUCGAGCAACUGGACGUGCCGACGAGUCUCAAAAGCUUCUUGCAGUACAAGCCGCUCCCAGUUAUGAUUCUCUAG